AUGUCUAAGAGAGACUCCACAGCUAAUAAAAAUCACAGAUUAGUUCUAGGGUAUCUAUCAGGAGCAGAAAGUCUUCACCAAAACCAUAGAUUUUUCGAAAAGAUCAAGAUCAUUGCAAAAGAAGUAUUCCUUAAAGAUUCCACGGUUUCAGCUGGAAAUGUUUUGAGUGUAGCUGCUAGUACGAACAGCAAAAGGCAAAUCAAUGGAGAUCUUGAAGUUGUCCGAUCACGGGAGGAAAAUGGAAGGACAUUUGCUAGGUUUGAAGACUUGCCAAUGGAACUGAGGCUUGUCAUUUUGGAACUGUACCUCCAAAAAUCACGCAUCACAACAUUGAACUUCGUCCCAUCUGACCUUCUACGGUAUGACUUCAUGUUUGGAAGAAGCUUUCGACUUACCUGCGGCUCUAUUCCCCCAAUUCUAUGUCUUAAUCAUCAAUACCGGGCUAUCUUUCUUGAAAGAUUUACCAAGCCAGGAAUAACCAGAUCACAGACUACUUUGAGCAUCGAGGAUGCAUUGCAACAACUUACCGAUGAAGAAUGUUGUACUACCUUGCAAGAUUCCCUCAAUGAUGGAUCACGCAGUGCCUUUCCCGUGUAUGCAACUCACACGGGUAGAAACAUUAUUUUCAAUCCUAACGAUACCAUAUGGAUCCAAGGGGACUUCUGGCUCGAUGAACUACGCCGUGCAACAAUUGCUCGCUCGGCUUUCUAUCGACUGCGUCAUCUUGCUAUACCAUACAAGACACGCAGAAAAUCGCUCUUUGAGGUAGCAGACAUGCUAGACUUUGUGAAUUGCAUCAUCAACACCUUUCCAGAACUUAAAACCAUCGCCUUGGUAUUAGGUGCCGAAGAAGUAAUACCAGAACGACCUAUCUACAACGGUGAGAUUACUUUUACUACUCCGGGAAAGGUCAAAAUUGUCGUGGACGUUCCAGUUGAAACUCCUCUUACAUCGCGGAAAAGUGUCUCUCGCAUUUGGAACCACGCACUACGCAAAUCAGCCCCUCUACCACAAAUUCAAACUCAAGUUGAGUACUGGUCGGCAAAGAGACUGGGAUUGGAUGCGUGGCGUGUGCUUGGUUUUAUUAAAGAGCGUGCGAUAGAAAGGGGUAAUCACGGUUUUUCUGUACAUCCCUGGACGGUCGCCGCCGAAGUAGAUAGAUGGGAGGUACCGGCAGUCACUGUGGUUACUGCAAGUUUGAGUACGGCGUCCAAAAUUCGGAGUGUACAAGAGCCUACUAUUAGAUUAGAAGAGUGGUAG